GAUUUGGUGAAUUCUAGUCGCCUAGCACAUGCGCAGUUAAAAGCUUUCGGACCUUCAAAAUGGCUGAAUAUAGAGUACUUUAGUACAGUUUAUUCUACAAAACAUUAAGAGCGAUUUGGCUUUUAAUUCAGCUAUUGCAUUUGAAUAUACAGCCUCGGACGAUUAGAUUACUUGUGUAACAAGUUAUUGACAAGGAACGAACUGUUAUUCUAUUGUCUUUUGGGAUCGUCCACUGUUGUAUGCAUUUGAUUGAAAAUGGCCACUCGCUAUGUUCAACCUGUCGUCCCUCCCGGUUUUCAUCUUAUUGAAAUGAACAGAACGGUAUACGUAAUUCCAGAAAGAUACACAGAGUUAAGCACGAUCGGUCAAGGAGCAUAUGGCCAAGUUGUAGCAGCCAAUGACACAGACCUGGGAACGCGAGUUGCAAUUAAAAAGCUAUCUAGACCUUUUCAAACGCAUAUUCAUGCAAAAAGAACGUUUAGGGAAGUAAAAAUGCUUAAGAUGAUGAACCACGAAAAUGUGAUUGGCUUAUUGAAUUUAUUUACUUCUACACAAAAUUUUGAGAGUUUUGAAGACGUGUACCUCGUAACGCAUAAAAUGGGUGCCGAUUUAUCAAACAUUCUAAAAUCACAGACCUUGUCUGGCGAACAUGUGCAUUACUUUGUGUCCGAUUUGGGAGGUGCCGAUUUGAACACACGCAUAAAAAAAUUUGGUCCAAUUAUAUCUGAAGCUGUUAAGUUGCUUGUUUAUCAAAUGCUUAGAGGAUUGAAGUAUAUUCAUUCGGCGGGCAUUAUACAUCGAGAUUUGAAACCGUCAAACAUUGCUGUUAAUGAAGAUUGUGAAUUGAAAAUUCUUGAUUUUGGUCUCGCUCGACAAACCGAUGAUGAAAUGACGGGUUAUGUCGCAACAAGAUGGUACAGAGGACCUGAGAUAAUGCUUAAUUGGAUGCACUACGGCCAAACUGCUGAUAUAUGGUCAGUUGGUUGUAUAAUGGCUGAAAUGUUGUCAGGAAAACCUUUGUUUCCCGGUUCGGAUCACAUCGAUCAGUUGACCAAAAUAAUGGACAUAGUUGGAACUCCAAGCAGAGAAUUAUUGAAUAAAAUAAAUAGUGAUGACGCUAGAAGAUACGUAGAGUCCUUAGCUUGUAGACCAAGAAAGAACUUUUCUGAAAUAUUUCCGAGCGCUUCACCGAAUGCAAUCAACCUGUUGGAACAAAUGCUUGACCUUGAUCCAGAUAAAAGAUUGGAUGCAACAAAGGCUCUGCAACAUCCUUAUCUUGAACAAUAUCACGAUCCUGAUGAUGAACCUGUAGCAGAUUUUACUUAUGAUUCUAGCGUAGAUAAUGAUGCAACAGAAGAUAUAGCAGUAUGGAAAGGCCAUUGUUACAAAUACAAUUUGACAAUAAUGCCACUUUUCUCUCCCGAAACAGGAAGAGUAUAUCAAGAAGUUUCAACAUUCACACCUCGAGCUCAACAAUUGUGA